GCUUAUAUUUAUUUACAGCGAUCUACAUCUUUUUUUCGCAAAUUGAAAUGUUCGAAACGGUCGAUCAUUUUAUCUACCUGCCGCCUUUACUAAACGUAAAUAACCGAUAUAAUUUCGCGAGUAUCGAGUCCUUUCGUACAGUCGAAAGAAGCUUAAGCGUUGGGACGGAAGCACGACGAUAUACAUGUAUCAUACUAGGGGCUCAGGUGGUAUCUUAAGUAUGCCAGAAGUGAAUGCACUGGGUGAUGAAGAAUUCGCAUGGCUGUUUGAUAAUGUUGUGGAACAGAACCCAGAUGUAGCGAAACACGUGGCACCCAAGAGGCCAUUCGCAUCACGUAGACAACUCAAGAGAUGCUUUUACGAGUACUUAGACAAUCUAGACGUCGAUGAAAAGGAAGAAGUGUUGCUCAAUCACUCGGAUAUUCUAGGGCAACUACUCGAUGGGUCACUUCUUUAUGAUACACAAUAUGAACAAGAAAACAUUAUAUUUCAGGCGAUGUCAAACGAGGAGAAAGAGUUAUUAAGUACUUACAAUGAAUCAUAUAAAGAAAAAUUUGGUAUUCCGUUCGUAACCUCUACAUGGGAGAACCGAAAUCGGGCGAUUCUCACAUCGAUUCAAGCGCGAUUACAAGACACAAGAGAGAAUGAAUUACAAGUUGCGUUUACGGAACUUAAGAAAUUGUGUAAAAAAAGACUGAAUCAUCUCGUAUGGCCAGAUGUGAUGGUAUCCAGAAGAACUUAACACAAAUAACUAUAUAAAAUACGUCAAAUAAUUAUAA